AUGCAGAUUGCUCUUAUCCUCUCACUGCUUCUAAAUGCAGUGCUUCUAGGGCUGCUUUUUGUGCAGAGAAGUGACCGAACAGAUUUUGCUGAGUUCGGGGGGGUGCCAGCCGCAAUACCACCGCCCAGUGGAGGCGCAGACGCCAGUAUGCGCAGAGGUGAGGAUGGGUGGGUGGGUAUACUCGAACGUGUUUCCUCCCAUACACGUAACACCAAGUAUAGCCCAGAGGAAGAUGCGCUACUCUUUACGCAUCCGAACCGAUACGCUCGCAGUCCCGUGCCAAAGGGAUCAUGGAAGGUUCGUGUGGCACCGGAUCGCAUCUUAACCAUGGAUGAAGUUGCCUUUGCAUACGAUAUUUGGUUCGAAGAGAACAGGGUAUUCUCAGGUCUGAGUUGGCUAGGGGUACACAUGCAACAAGACCCUAAUGAUGCUAUAGUGAUCCAAGACAUGUUGUGGCGUGUAAAGCCGGAUCUGAUCAUUGAAGUCGGAACAAACACAGGUGGUGGUGCUAUCUUCUACGCCACGGUAAUGAAAGCGUACAAUCCUCAGGGGAAAAUAGUUACUCUCGAUGUUAAACCGGUAAGCAACUGGCUAAACUCGCAGACAAGUGCAAAGUGUGUUGGAUGCAUCUUGGGAACAGAACACCCUUGGUGGAAUGAUGGCAUGAUCAACUUCAUUAAUGGUAGAAUAACGAGCCCGGAGAUACAGGCAAUUGUUGAUCGUUACGCGGCCAAUGCAUCUACUGUUGUCGUGAUCGAGGAUGCCUCCCACCGGUACCCAGACACGCUCUUGAAUCUUAACGCUAUUCACAAGUACGUAACCCCCGGAUCAUACCUUCUUGUGCAAGACACAAAAAUGGAUCGCUUUGUUGCUGCGGGAGGCGCCAAGUAUGGCAACUACCGCUACGGGCCGAUGCGCUCAGUUGACGAGUUCCUUUCAAAGCGCAAGGAAUUUGUGGUUGAUAGACGUUUCGAAUACUUGCUCUAUUCACAGCAUCAUCGUGGAUUUUUGAGAAAACUGAAAACAGAGGAAGCCGUUUGA